AUGGCAUCAUCUUCGUCUCUUAGUAGGGUGUUAAAUCUCAGCCCCGAGGAUGGUUCAUUACUGUGGUAUCAGUCUAUUCAUGUUUUAGAGCAUAUUUGGGAUGGUCGUGAACACCCAAUAUUGAGAGUGAGAAGAGGUCAUUUCAUACAUGCUGGCAUGGAGGGAGUACCAGUAGAGAUUAUUCCUCAUUUGACAGUAGCAGGAUUUGCUGGAGUAGCACAGUUGGCUAGUAUUCCUAUUGACCGCCAAUUGAUUACAGCGUUGGUAGAAAGAUGGAGGCCAGAGACCCACACAUUUCACAUGCCCCCUGGAGAGUGUGCUAUUACUCUUCAAGACAUUGCUAUUCAGAUGGGUCUUCGUAUUGAUGGAAGACCAGUUAUUGCCCCUACAGGAGGUGACAGGGCACAAAUUGUUGAAGAUUUAUUGGGAAUUAGACCACCUAAUUCUGCAUUUAUGGGAAGCAGCUUGAAACUUACUUGGUUGGAUGAGCAUUUUUCUCAUGUUGGGUUGCACAACCAAAAUCCCAUUCAGCUAACUCGCUUUGCAAGAGCAUAUAUUUUGAGACUUAUUGGUGGGUUUAUGUUAGCUGAUCAUUCUAGUAGCAGGGUCCCAGUUAGGUACCUUCCUUUACUUGAGGAUUUAGAGAUAACUGGACAAUAUAGUUGGGGAAGUGCAGCGUUAGCCUUCCUAUACAGAGAGUUAUGCAUGUCCACGAAUAUUGAUCGGUCUGGUAUUGGAGGAUUGACUCCACUUGUGAUGCUGUGGGCGUGGGAUAGGUUCCCAUUUCUAUCUCCGGGUGAUCCCCCUUACACACAGAAUGAUCUACCUGUAUUAUAG